GACAAGUCGUACAUUAAUGUUGGCAUCUUAGGAUGGGGCACCGUCGGCACUGGGGUUUCCAAAAUCCUAUUAAAUCAGAAUGCCCUCAUUGCCAAAAACAGUGGUAUCGAAUUAUGCCUAAAAAAAAUAGUCAAACGGACACUUCCUGCCACGCGGGACGGCGUUGAACUUCCCGCGGAUUGUCUGACAACUAAUCCCGCGGAAGUCGUUGACAAUCCGGAUAUUGAUAUUGUCGUUGAACUCAUCGGCGGAGUCACCGAAGCACACACUCUCAUUAGCCGUGCGAUCCGAAACGGUAAACAUGUCGUCACAGCAAAUAAAGCCCUCCUCGCAGAUCACGGCGGCGAAUUAUUCCAACUCGCUUCAGAGCAUCAAGUCAGCCUUAAUUUUGAGGCAAGCACUGCGGGUGGCAUCCCGAUUAUUAAAACACUUCAAGAGAGUUUCGCUGGCAACCAAAUCCACUCUCUCUACGGUAUUGUAAACGGAACGUGUAACUACAUCCUAACUGAGAUGCAUGAGCGCGGUGUCGAUUUCUCGGACAUCCUCAAAGCCGCGCAAGAUAAAGGAUAUGCCGAAGCCGAUCCAACAUUUGACGUUGAAGGUAUUGACGCUGCGCAGAAACUCAUACUUCUGAUCGCUCUUGCUUAUCGGAGUAGUAUAUCACUAUCGCAAUUCCACGUUGAAGGCAUCACAGGCAUCACCCAAAAAGAGAUCCAAUAUGCCCGCGAACUCGGUUACGUCAUUAAACUGCUUGCUAUCGCGAAGUUAGGCGAUGGAAACCGUGUAGAGGCGCGCGUGCACCCGACACUCGUGCCGGAGCGGAGUCUGUUGGCGAACGUCGGCGGUGCAUUCAAUGCAGUCUGCGUCAUCGGGGACGCGGUUGGUCCUACUCUUUUUUAUGGACAGGGCGCGGGUGAGAUGCCGACGGCGAGUGCAGUCGUUGCGGACAUUAUUGAUGCGGGGAAAUCCGUGCAGCAAGGUAUAAGCACCCCAAUUUCGCGAGCAUGGCUUGCUGGCGCACAGGCAGAAGUUGAUGUCUCUCCGAUUGACGAUAUAGAGACGCGCUACUAUCUCCGUUUUGUGGUUGCUGACCGCCCUGGGGUGCUGGCAAAAAUCGGUACCAUCUUGGGGAACUGGCAGAUUAGCAUCGCCUCUGUCAUCCAAAAGGAUCCGCACGGUAUGGAUACUGUAUCGCUCGUUAUGCUGACACACAAUGCGCGGGAAAAGAAUAUGCAAGCUGCACUUGCUGAGAUUUAUACACUUGAAGACGUGAAAGGUGACACACAACUCAUUAGAAUCGAAGAAGAGGUUGAUUUUUAA